AUGACGAAGCCGCUGCUGGAGUCAGCGAAGUUGGAGUCAGCGCAGCCGUCUCAGACACAGGAAAUCCCAGCGAUGAAGGCGCAGUUAGAGGAGGAGAAGCAGAUGGAGACAACUUCCUUGGCAGGCAAGUUCCAGGCACAGAAAUCGUGGAUAGAAAGAGCCUUCAGCAAGAGAGAAUGUGUUCAUAUCAUAGUGAGCGCCAAAGACCCCCAUAGGUGCUUCUGCGGCCGUCUGAUUGGUCAGCACGUUGGCCUGCCCCCCGGCAUCUCCUCCAGUCAGAAUGAUAAGGCGGAGCGUCUGGUUAAGAAUGACAGCCUAUCGGAGAAAUGGUCUAUCAGCAAACACACCCAGCUCAGCCCCACCGACGCCUUCGGAACCAUCGAGUUCCAGGGAGGGGGCCACUCUAACAAAGCCAUGUAUGUGCGUGUGUCCUAUGACACCAAACCAGAACUCCUGCUGCACCUUAUGACUAAGGAGUGGCAGCUGGACCUUCCCAAGCUGCUCAUCUCAGUGCAUGGGGGCCUGCAGAACUUUGAGCUGCAGCCCAAACUCAAACAGGUCUUUGGCAAGGGCCUCAUCAAGGCUGCCAUGACAACAGGAGCCUGGAUCUUCACUGGCGGGGUCAACACAGGGGUGAUCCGGCAUGUGGGUGAUGCGCUGAAGGACCAUGCCUCUAAAUCCCGGGGGAAGAUCUGCACUAUCGGCAUUGCCCCCUGGGGCAUUGUGGAGAACCAGGAGGACCUGGUGGGAAAAGACGUGGUCCGACCGUAUCAGACCAUGUCCAACCCGCUGAGCAAGCUGACUGUGCUCAACAGCCUGCACUCCCAUUUCAUCCUGGCUGAUAAUGGGACAACAGGGAAGUACGGUGCAGAGGUCAGACUGCGUAGACAGCUCGAGAAACACAUCUCCUUGCAGAAAAUCAACACACGUAUUGGUCAGGGAGUGCCAGUGGUGGCUCUGAUAGUGGAGGGGGGUCCUAAUGUGAUCUCCAUCGUGUUAGAGUACCUAAGGGACACGCCACCUGUGCCCGUGGUGGUGUGUGAUGGGAGCGGGCGCGCUUCGGACAUCCUGGCAUUUGGACACAAGUACUCUGAGGAGGGAGGGAUCAUAAAUGAGUCUCUGAGAGACCAGUUGCUGGUGACCAUCCAGAAGACCUUCACGUACAGCCGGACCCAGGCCCAGCACCUCUUCAUCAUCCUCAUGGAAUGCAUGAAGAAGAAGGAGCUGAUAACCGUUUUUCGGAUGGGGUCUGAGGGACACCAGGACAUUGACCUGGCCAUUCUCACUGCUCUUCUAAAAGGUGCCAACGCAUCGGCUCCUGACCAGCUCAGCCUGGCCCUGGCGUGGAACCGAGUGGACAUUGCCCGCAGCCAGAUCUUCAUCUACGGACAGCAGUGGCCUGUGGGUUCUCUGGAGCAGUCUAUGUUGGAUGCCCUGGUGCUGGACAGAGUGGACUUCGUCAAACUGCUGAUCGAGAACGGAGUGAGCAUGCAUCGCUUCCUCACCCUCUCCAGACUGGAGGAGCUCUACAACACGAGGCAUGGACCAUCCAACACACUACACCACCUGGUCAGAGACGUCAAAAAGGGUAACCUGCCACCAGACUACCGCAUUAGUCUCAUUGACAUCGGAUUGGUCAUUGAGUACUUGAUGGGCGGAGCUUACAGAUGCAACUACACCAGGAAGAGGUUUAGAACUCUGUAUCAUAACCUCUUUGGACCCAAAAGACCCAAAGCCCUGAAACUGCUGGGGAUGGAGGAUGACAUGCCGAUCCGGAGGAGUCGCCAGAAGACUACACGUAAGCGAGAGGAGGAGGUGGACAUUGACCUGGACGACCCUGAGAUCAACCAUUUCCCCUUCCCCUUCCACGAGCUGAUGGUGUGGGCCGUGCUGAUGAAGAGACAGAAGAUGGCGCUGUUCUUCUGGCAGCACGGGGAGGAGGCCAUGGCCAAAGCCCUGGUGGCCUGUAAGCUGUGCAAGGCCAUGGCCCACGAGGCCUCCGAGAACGACAUGGUGGACGACAUCUCACAGGAGCUGAACCAUAACUCCAGAGAGUUUGGACAGUUGGCUGUGGAGCUGCUGGACCAGUCAUACAAGCAGGACGAGCAGAUGGCCAUGAAGUUGCUGACCUAUGAGCUGAAGAACUGGAGUAAUGCCACCUGCCUGCAGCUGGCCGUGGCCGCCAAGCACCGUGACUUCAUCGCCCACACCUGCAGCCAGAUGCUGCUCACUGACAUGUGGAUGGGACGCCUGCGCAUGCGCAAGAACUCUGGGCUGAAGGUGAUCUUGGGCCUGCUGCUGCCUCCGUCCAUCCUGAGUCUGGAGUUUAAGAACAAGGAUGAGAUGUCGUACAUGCCUCAAGACCAGGACACCUACCUGCAGGAGAAGGAGGAGGAAGAGCCCGAGCCCGCCAAAGAAAAUGAGGAAGAGGACAUGGAGUUCACAGCCAUGCUGGGUAAGGUAAGCACGGAGGCGUCUCGUAAGAAGGGUGUGGGGGAGGUCCAGAAUAGACACCGGCUCAUCCCCAUGGGCCGGAAGAUCUACGAGUUCUACAACGCCCCCAUCGUCAAGUUCUGGUUUCACACAAUGGCCUAUGUGGCGUAUCUGAUGCUGUUUAACUAUAUUGUGCUGGUGAAGAUGGACCUGUGGCCCUCACCGCAGGAGUGGAUUGUCAUCGCUUACAUCUUCACCAAUGGCAUCGAGAAGAUGAGAGAGAUUCUGAUGUCGGAGCCAGGGAAGCUGUUGCAGAAGGUGAAGGUGUGGCUCCAGGAGUACUGGAACAUCACAGACCUCAUGGCCAUCCUCAUUUUCUCCGUGGGCAUGGUUCUCCGUCUCCAGGAGCCGCCAUUCAUGAGCUACGGAAGGGUCAUCUACUGCGUUAACAUUAUCUAUUGGUACAUCCGGCUGCUCGACAUCUUUGGCGUCAACAAGUACCUGGGCCCAUAUGUCAUGAUGAUCGGCAAGAUGAUGAUUGACAUGAUGUACUUUGUGAUAAUCAUGCUGGUGGUGUUGAUGAGUUUUGGGGUGGCUCGGCAGGCCAUCCUGAACCCCAAUGAGGACCCGUCCUGGAUGCUGGCUCGGAACAUAUUCUUCAUGCCCUACUGGAUGAUCUAUGGAGAGGUGUUCGCCGACCAGAUCGACCCUCCGUGUGGCCAGAAUAUCACCGCGGACGACGGGCAUGUUGUGAUUCUGCCGCCAUGUAAGACGGGAGCCUGGAUCGUUCCUGCCAUCAUGGCCUGCUACUUGCUGGUGGCCAACAUCCUGCUGGUCAACCUACUCAUAGCUGUCUUCAACAACACCUUCUUUGAGGUGAAGUCCAUCUCCAACCAGGUGUGGAAGUUCCAGAGAUACCAGCUCAUCAUGACCUUCUACGAGCGGCCCAUCCUCCCCCCUCCCCUCAUCAUCUUCAGUCACAUGACCAUGGUCCUCAAGCACCUGUGCUGUCGCUGGCGGAAGCACGACGAUGAAGAGAGAGAUUAUGGCCUUAAGCUCUUCAUCACUGAAGACGAGCUGAAGAAAGUUCAUGACUUUGAGGAGCAGUGCAUUGAGGAGUACUUCCGUGAGAAAGAUGACCGCUUCAACUCUUCGAAUGACGAGAGGAUCCGAGUGACGUCAGAGAGAGUGGAGAAUAUGGCUAUGCGUCUGGAGGAGGUGAAUGAGAGAGAACAUUUCAUGAAGGCAUCUCUACAGACCGUGGACAUCCGUCUGGCCCAGAUGGAGGAGCUGAUUGGUCGGAUUGCUGUGGCUCUGGAGCGAGUCACGGGAGUGGAGCAGGGAGAGGUCAACAAGGCCCGCUCUCGCACCUCCUCCGACUGCACAGACUCAGCCUACGUGCUGCGUCAGGGUGAGUGCCCAGAUGCAGCAUACUUUUUGCGCCAGAGCAGCUUCAACAGCCAAGAGGGGAACUCCUACCGACUCAAUGAAGGUGCAGAGGGCUCCAUGUCGCCGCCCUCCCCCACCAGUCUGGCCAUGCGCACACGCAGCCACUCUUUCUACGUGGGGGGAGGUCGCGAGCGAGCCGGGGCCGACCGGGCUCACCGUUUCCUCAAGGAGCACUCCUUCAGCCUGCAACGAGCCAAUAGUUCACAGUCGGUGGCCUUGUGCUCUGCCCCCAAGGAGUCUAAGCCCCUCCCACUGGCCACGCUGUCCGUCUCCCAGCAGCACCGCCCCUCUUCCUGCGUCGACAUCUUUGUGUCGGCAUCCGAGGAGGAGGGGCCAGCCAAGGUCUUCUUCGACCCACUGAGGAUGGCCCCUCCCCUCCGGCCUGACUCCUCGCUCCACUCGGAGAUUAUGGAGGCGGUGCUGUCGAGCGGGAGGGACUAUGGUGGAGGUAGUGGGUUGGGCGACAGACACUCUGAGGGUGGGGCCGUGUACGAAGACAGCGUGGCUGCAGACCUGUCACUAUGCUCCGCCAACCUGCUCCCAGAUAACACUGUGCCACUCUGGGAACUGGACCCCUCUCCUCCACCAUCAGCGGGCCUGCUGGAGCGCUCCAAAAGCAGCCGCUACCUGUCCACUGGCGGCGGGGGCUACCUGGAAGAGCCUCAGCUGGUCAAGUCUCACAGCCUCAUGUUCACACCGCGAGGGUGCUAUGGAGGCCUAGGGGCAGGAGUUCAGGUCAAAGCGGCUGAGUACACCAGCAUCACCGACUGCAUAGACACCAGGUGUGUCUCUGCCCCUUACUCCACCGACGACUGUUGCCACUCCCCUGGAGGCUCCACCUCAUUCCCCUUUGACAAGCCCCCUGACAUGAGCUCCUCCCACCCAGAGCGCGAGGCCGAGCUCAGCCACACAGAGUCAGAACCUGAAGACCUAGAGGAAAUGGCCCCUGCCCCCAAGCCCCGUCGCACAGGGAGUGGCUUAGGAGGGGCGAGUGGAACCCCCUUCUGCUCGCCCUUCUCCAGACUGGAACGAGCCAACAGCUGCUCCUCAGACGACUCCUCCCACCCAUCCUUGGCACCUCCUCCCCACAGAAAAAGCCUGUCGGUCAGUGAGAGGAUGGAGAGGGGUGCAGACCAUGGGGUUCUGGGGGAACCCAGGAACCCCUUCCUGAGGAGCAAGUCUGGGGUGCGGCCUGACGCCAAGACAGACAGCCUCUCCAUGAGGAAGCUGACCACCCCCUCUGCGUUCCGCAGCUUCCACAGUAGACACAACUACACGUGACAAUUAUGAAGGGAACAACAAUGGGACAGGGCACAUUCUGUUAUACAGGACCAUAGGGCUGGCUGGGGGGAAAGCAAGGUCUAUGGGGAGGGAACCUGCCAGUCUUAAACAAAGUGCUAUGAAGCUAGGGUAAUUCUUACCUCCUCCUCAAGCUGACUCUCAUUGCGUGUUUGGUAAUGGAGGCUAUGUACCGUGUCUGUCUACCAUUUUUUUUUGUCAAGUCAACACACUAAUGCAUCACAUGUCACAGAACACUAGUCUAGUCCACAUAGAAAGUAUAGAGAAAAAAAAUCUACUAAUAACAGGUUAGUCAGAGUCUUUAGAAAAUGAUCAACUUGACCACCUGACAAUAUAUGACUGUAGGUCAGUAUUGCCAAAUUUCCUCAGGUUCUCCUUAUUUUCUCUUUGCCCUUAAACCGCCCAUACCCAUGGAUAUGACUCUUUGCUUUUGUGCUUCCACCACAGACAUAGCACUGCAUUCUACUGUAACUGCAUGCUACAACAGCAGCAUAAUUUGUAACCUAGUCUCCAGGGUAAAUGUACGUAUCGCAUAUAAGCCUGGAACGCCAACUACUCAAAUCUGGCCUAUGUGGUAUUGAAAAAUAGUCAUGGCUCCGAAUAAAAAAAAGGUGUUCGGAGAGAGGUGAUUGAUUUGAAAUAAAGCCAAUGGCUAUGGGUCAGGACUUUUUCCUGAUUGUUCUAUUGGGUUAAUGAAGGCCAUGUUGGAAGCUUUGGUCCACCAGACCAUCUGAACAUUAGGGGGAAGGGUCAGGUGAACUAGAUUACAGCAGUAGUGGUGUAGGUUGAACAAACUGGUGGUGCAGGUUGAAUUUCUGGAUAUAAUAGGGCUCUAUUAUGUAUAAUGUAUGUCCCUGAUUUAAAGUCCAUGCACACUGACAGUCAGGUAGCAUUGACCCAACAGAGUUCCAGGGCACUAAAAUAUAUUACCUACAUGACCUCAGUAAUAAGGAAGAUGGAAUAUUUAGUUAAAUGUAGACUCAUCGUAAGUGCGUAUCUAUUUACUUGCGUUGUCCAAUCCCCAGUCAUGUGGGUUUAUUGUCACUGUGGCCUACAGUGUAGAGGAGUAAACACGCACACACACAUAAUCAUACAUGCACUCAAGGUGUAUGGAAUGGGUGAAGAAAAUCCAAAACAAUUCCUCUAAUGUAACCGAUUGUUUGGUAGCACCAGCACCAUCCCAAUGUUAUAAGUAUUUCCCUUAGAUUGCCUUUUCUCAUUAAAAAAAAACUCAGAACUGGACACAAGAGGGAGCUGUGACCCUAUUUGGAGAGUCCUUCAUCCUAAGCAGUAUGCCCACUAUGAAAUUGCAACACUUCAAAAUCAAAACGAUUAAAGUAGCCUUUUUAGCAACCAAACAUCAUACAUGACAUCAUACAUGACUGGUAAUAAUACCCAUUCCUUUCAUUUUUGUGGCAGCAGCAUUCUGUUGCUUGGGUCUGACAUCAGUCUCAAGUAGCCAGACAUUAUAAUCUCCUGUUCGGUAUGAAUAGUGAGCUUCAAGAUGAGAAGGCUGGAAAGCUAGACAGACACUAACAUUCUUACCGUCCUUCUUACCUUUUUUUUGCAGUCAUUCAUGAUUUCUUCUAUUCAAAUUGAAGCACCAGACUGACCAAUGUAAUCACCUAGAAUGCUUAAACUUAAACCGGCAGAAAAUUGUCUGCAAAAAUGUGUAGGACUACAGAAUACUGUGUGUAUGAGUAGGCUAGAAGAGAAUGGUUGGAGAACUGAAUUCCACAAGAUGGAGUUAUUUGAAACAUUUGCAAAAGAGUCAGCUCUAUGAAUCGUAUGCAUUUUAUGAGAGGUAGAGACACCUUUCAAGUUAAUAUAAAAAAGAAAUGGCAGAGAACCAGUGUGUUUUUUUUUUUAUCCCUUAAUUUAUUACAACGCAUAAUAAUCUGACUGGUGUGGAAUGCCUGUUACCACAUGUUUGUAAAGAUGGAACUAGAUGAGUAACAUUUACAUCACAGGUUCUCAAAAAAUAAGAUACGUUUGUGUUUUAUAUUUGAUCAGUGUUACAUCACUUUAAUUGAAUUACAUUGCAAUUGUUUUGAUUGCUUAUAUUGACCUAUUUUUUUUGCUUACAAUGAAUAAUUGAAUGGCUGUUUGAAAUACGAACUGACUAUUUAUACCUUCUCAGUGCUAUUUUGUCAAAUUUAAAGUAUUGAAUUAUUACAAGCUUUUAACAUGUAUAAAAGGUGUCACCUAUAAGCACUGAUGUAUUAUAUGGUUUACUUAAUAUAUCAUGUGAUUAAUUACUAUAGUGUACAUUGCAAUCACAAGUAUUGAAUCAUUUGUUUAUAUUGUAUGUUCUUGAGCAGCUGUCAAAGAGAAAGAAAAAUAUAUUUUUUAAUGUAAGUUGGAUAUUUUAAAGCAAUACUCCUCUACAAGCAUUACCAAACUGAGGGUGCCUUUCAAGCAUGGAGUGGCUAUUUGAAAUUCACAGUAAUUAAAACAUUUACAUGAAAUCUGCACAUUAAUUUUGUUUGUAACUUUUCUCGCGAAUCUAGUUACACAAUUAGGACCCAUGGUAUUCUUUUCCUGAAUUUCUUAACUGUGGGGAUAAUGCAGUCCAAGUGGUUACAGCGUUUUGUCGUACACUGGAUAAAAACAUUGAUUUCAAUGUGCAAGACCUAGGAGACAGACCUAGGAGAAAGACCUAGGAGGUGACACUGGCACUCUUUGCCUUUUGAUAGUUUUUUUUUUUUG